GUAUCGUGUUUCAAAACAAUCAAAACUCGAAUGUAUUUACCAUUCGUUCUAUUAGUUUCAUUAUAUAAUUUAUUGACACACUUUUGGAUCUUGUGUUAACUAACCACCUGGACCUGAUAUUAUUGAGAUUUAUUUUUUCUAUGGUUUUUUUUUAUUAUUAUUAUUAAUUCAUUAUUUUAUUAAUUAUAAUUAACAAGCUGCGAUAAUUGUUGAAAUAUUAUUAUAUGAUGACCGGAAUUGUCUAUAGGAAAUAGAAACCUAUUUGUAUUGUUGAUUCCAUGCUUCAUAUCUAUCGUAAAAAAUACAAGCAUAGAAAAAUAUCGCAAUAUAAAAUCAUGAAUAAAAAUAAAAUGGAUAAUGGUAAGUCUGAAAAAAUCAGUGAUCAACAACAAGGAACUCAAAUAUCUAUUGAAUUAGAAAGAGAAGUCACUGACUAUGUCUUGAACAAAACUAAGGAAGAUAAUAUUAUUGACUCAAAAGAGUUGGUAAAUGUUGAGGUUUGGAAAAAAAGAUACAAAAAUUUGAAGAAUCAAGCUAAAGUUUUUCAUAAUGUUGUAAAACAAUUUGACAGAGAUUUAAAAAAACAUAAGUUUACUCAACAACAGAGGUGUAUUACUGCUUCAGGUAGUCAAAACGUUGACAUUUCAUGUAGGAACAAAUUGGACACGGCUAUUCUCCAUGGGAAUUCUAAUAAGGAAAUUGAAAUAUUUACAAUAUCAUCAGAUAAUGAAGAUGAACCUAUCAUUACAACUGAUUUAUCAAAAAUCAAACUUAUACUAACAAAAAAUGAUAAUAUUAAUUUGAUUGAUUCAGAAUCAGAUAAUAAUUCCAAAAAUUUGAAUGUUAAAUAUAAGCCAUGUCCAAAAUCAAAAAAAAAUGUUUCUAUGCAUUAUGUCAAAGUUAAUGGUACCAAUAAAGUAAUGCCAUUGAAUACUGAAUUAGGCAAAUGUAAAAAAAAUGUAAAACGCUUAUCUACAACUAUGUGUAGUAAACGAAAACCUGGGCCAAAAUCAAAGACAAUGUUUGUUGAUGAUAUGAUUCCUUUUAAUUCUAAAAAUAAAGAACAUGUUGAAAAAAAAAAUUGUUUAAACAAACUUAUUAGUGACAAAAAAUCAAAAACAAAAAAUUUAUCAAAUAGUUAUUUAGAAAAGAAAUUAAAAAUUACUAAAAAGCAUGAUUUUCAUUUUGAGUUUUCAAGUUCAAAAUAUCCACCUCCUUAUCCCUUAAUACCGCCAUAUAUUACACAACCGUCAUGGAAAAAUGUGCCACCAGCACCUAAUAUGAAAAUCAAAACUUCUGGAAAUAAAGUGACAUUAACUUGGGAUUUAGAUUUGUCUUGGCAGAUAGCUAAAAUCAAGAUGUAUGAAAUAUUUGUAUGCCAAGAAACAGAUGCACAUCCAGAUAUCUCUAUGUGGAAAAAAAAGGGUAAUAUAAAAUCAGAUAUGUUACCUAUGGCAUGUGAACUAGAAAUAUUUGAGUUAGGAUAUGUUUAUCAUUUUGCUCUGAGAGCGGUUGAUGUUCACAAUAGACGUGCUCCUUUUGCUGUACAUAAAACUAAGAUUUAGAUUAAUAAUUUAUGCUAAGCAUGUUCUAUAAACCAUUUAUUAUAGUAAGAAGUUAUUAGACACUAUGUA